CUGAAGGAGUUGAAAUCCUUGAGUGUGUCCAACUAUAAGUGUAUAGUCUAAAGUGAAGUACCUCAGAGACUUACUAUAUCAGUACUAAAUAUCUUUUGCUCUUCGAGGGUAAGAUAUACUGAAGGAUUGAACUCCUUCAGUGUGACUAUAUUAUAAGUGUAUAGUCUAAAGUGAAGUACCUCAGAGACUUACUAUAUCAGUACUAAAUAUCUUCUGCUCUUCGAGGGUAAGAUAUACUGAAGGAGUGAACUCCUUCAGUGUGACUAUAUUAUAAGUGUAUAGUCUAAGGUGAAGUACCUCAGAGACUUACUAUAACAGUACUAAAUAUCUUCUGCUCUUCGAGGGUAAGAAACCGUCCUCCAAAGAUAUAAUCUUUAGUUGAAGACAAAGUGGGAGUCCAGAAGAACAUCUUGAAACACAAGACUCACCAGCUGGAAGACCUCAAUAUGAAGAAAUACGAGGAGAACAUGCUGGUUGUCCUCGGAUGCGAAAGAAACUACGUAGGCAGAGAAAGCUUUGAAAGCUUCUUGAAGGAAAAUAUUCUUAUUUCCAAAGAGCCUGAAGAUUUGUUUCCAGAUGGAAUUAGCUCAACUAUAUGCAAAAUAUGCAGUCGAGGCAGGACUGCCACUUGCUAAUUCUAUGGACUGUGGAAAACACUUAAGCACUUCUGGCAUAGGCAUCAAGAGAAUGAGUGCCAGGUUUAACUUUGAGUAUGCCUAUCAAGGAAUGAGAUGGAUUGAUACUUCUGGUAAAACUUUUUAUGAACGUAGUGCUAAGAGAAAAAAGCCUCUAUUGGAUGAAAUUUCCCGAAAAAAACAAAAACUAGUAGACAACAAAAAGAAGAAGGAACAGGAAAACACUAAAAGAGAAGAAAAAAGAAUGGAGAAGGAAGGUGAGGAAGAUUCAAGCAGUGACAAGGAACUGCCACCUUCCACAACUGAACCAGAAGUACAGACUGAUGAGGAAUCUAACAAGGUCACAAGUCAGGAAACUACUACUGACAAUGAUUCUCUUAUAAGUAAUUACAUAAACAACUUUAUAGUUUCUACUGGAGCAGCAGCUGAGUCAGAAGAACAGCGAGAACAGGAGACCUUCAUUCAGGGGCUUCUCUUCCCUGACAAACCACCAAAAGAACAGCAAGAACAGGAGACCUUCAUUGAGGAGCUUCUCUUCCCUGACAAACCACCAAAAGAACAGCAAGAACUGGAGACCUUCAUUGACGAGCUUCUCUUCCCUGACAAACCACCAAAACGUGUACAAGAAACAACUGCACCUGCCAACUUUGGCACAAAGCCAGAGUCUGUACAGGAAAAGCAAGAUUAUGAUUUUGACCUGGAUACUCUCUUUCACUGAAUCAAUCCUUCUUGGCUGCCAUCACUUGUAGUAAACAAGCAAGAACUACAUCCACUGAAGAAGACCACAAAAAUCAUAUGAGGAUAUUUUCACAAUUGAAAAUUUUAUUUUUAAAAUUUUUUAAGAAGAUAUUAUUAUUAUUUUUGAAAUGAAAGGACUGAUUUUAGUUGAGGUGAUAGUAUAAUAAUUAUAUAAUGGGGUCUGUCUGUGUGAAUAGUCCAGGUUAAGUACUUUAAAAAUAAUAAUGACAAUAUUGGUAUGGUGAGGCAUAGUAGUGAUGAGGAUAGUGAUGAGGGUAAUGACCAGGAUAGUGAUGAGGAUAGUGACGAAGAUAGUGAUAAGGGUAGUGAUGAAUAUAGUGAUAAGGGUAAUGAGGAUAGUGAUGUAUGGUGACAUGUAUAGUAGUGUUGUAUGGUGACAUGUAUGAUAGUGAUGUAUGGUAUUGUUGUAUGGUGACAUGUAUGGUAGUGUUGUAUGGUGACAUGUAUGGUAGUGUUGUAUGGUGACAUGUAUGGUAGUGUUGUAUGGUGACAUGUAUGAUAGUGUUGUAUGGUAGUGUUGUAUGGUGACAUGUAUGGUAGUGUUGUAUGGUGACAUGUAUGGUAGUGUUGUAUGGUGGCAUGUAUGGUAGUGUUGUUUGGUAGUGUAGUAACGAUCAUUAGUGAUGUGUUGUGAACUGAUAUGUAGUGUUGUGAACUGAUGUGUAGUGCUGUGUACUGAUGUGUAGUGGGAACCUGGGUGUCAAUCACCUGGUGUGGGUUGCAUUCUGGGUGUUAGUGGACUGGUGUGGGUUGCAUCUUCGGGGUUAGUGGACUAGUGUGCAUCACAUCCUGGGUGUUAGGUGACUGGUGUGGGUCACAUCCAGGGUGUAAGGUGGCUGGUGUGGGUCACAUCCUGGGUGUUAGUGGACUGGUGUGGGUUGCAUCCUGGGUGUUAGUGUACUGGUGUGGGGGAUAUCCAGGGAGUUAGUGUACUGGUGUGGGUCGCAUCCUGGGUGUUAGUGGACUGGUGUGUGUCACAUCCUGGGUGUUAGUAUACUGGUGUGGGUCACAUCCUGGGUGUUAGUGGACUGGUGUGGGUCGCAUCCUGGGACAAAAGUGACCUAAUUUGCAGGAAAUGCUCGGUAUAACAAGGAACUUUCUAUAUAGUAGUAUGUCAUUGAUGUCAGCUAUGGUCUGUAUAAGUUGUAUCGUGUACUGGCAGUAAUAAAGAUAUUAUUAUUAUUA